AUGCACGGCAACGGCGUAAUUGGCGUGCUCCACGAGGGCCGCUACAAGUGGGAGCGCCGCGCGCCGCUCACCCCCGCGCAGUGCGCGCGCCUCCUCGCCGCUUCCGCGAACGGGUCCGCCGCGGGGCGCGCGGCGCACGGCGGGCGAGCGGCCGCCGGGUCAAUUCGCAUCAUCGUGCAGCCGAGCAGCAAGCGCGUGUUCGCGGAUUCCCAGUACGAGGACGUGGGAUGCGAGAUGUCUGACGACCUCUCCGAGUGUGGCCUUAUUCUCGGCGUCAAGCAGCCGCCGCUGGGUACGCUGCUCCCCGACCGCUCCUACACCUUCUUCUCCCACACGCACAAGGGACAAGAGGAGAACCUCCCGCUGCUCGACGAGAUCCUCGCGAAGCGCGUGUCGCUGUACGACUACGAGCUCAUCGUGGGCGACGACGGGCGGCGCGUGGUGGCGUUCGGGGAGUACGCGGGGCGCGCGGGCAUGAUCGACUGCCUGCGCGGACUGGGGGAACGCUACCUGAAUCUGGGCCACCACACGCCGUUCCUCUCCAUCGCGUCCGCCUACAUGCUACCUGAAUCUGGGCCACCACACGCCCGCGCAGUGGCGCAGGGCGCGCAGGAGAUAUUCUGCCUGCUGUGUUUGAGUCGGGUGAUUCAUAGAAAACCCAUCCACUCCUCUUCCAUCCCCCUUCCACCCCCUUCUGUGCGCGCAGUGGCGCAGGGCGCGCAGGAGAUAUUCUGCCUGCUGUGUUUGAGUCGGGUGAUUCAUAGAAAACCCAUCCACUCCUCUUUCAUCCCCCUUCCACCCCCUUCUGUGCGCGCAGUGGCGCAGGGCGCGCAGGAGAUAUUCCGCCUGUUGCCGCACCACUUUGUGAAGCCUGCGGACCUGCCGCAGCUGCUCGCGCGCAAGCCCCCCGCGCAUGGCCAUGGGUUGGACCCAGCACAGAAGGUGAUCUAUGCGUGUGUGGUGGAGGCGAAGGACAUGGUAGAGCCCAUUGACAAGGCUGCGCACCCCACCUUUGAUAAGGAGCAUUACUACGCCCAUCCGGACCAGUACCGUCCCAUCUUCCAUGAGACCAUCGCACCCUAUGCCACCGUCAUCGUGAACUGCAUGUAUUGGGAGCAUCGCUUUCCCCGCCUGCUGUCCAACGAGCAGCUCAAAGCCCUCGCCACGGCCACGGACAGCGAGGGGCGGGCAGUGCCGAUGCGGCUGGUGGGAGUGGCGGACAUCACGUGCGACGUGGGGGGGUCCGUGGAGAGCCUCACCCACUCCACCGAGAUCGAACGCCCCUUCUUCCGCUACGACCCCAUCAAAAACACCACGCACGAUGACCUCGAAGGUCCAGGAAUCUUCUUCGUAGCAGUCGACAUUCUUCCCUCCGAGCUCCCAAAAGAAGCCACCAACCACUUCGGCCAGGCGCUCUUCCCCUUCCUGCGCCACCUCGCCUUCUCCCGCACGCCCGAGGACGCUCCGGCCGCCAUGCAGCGCGCAUGCAUCACGUACGGGGGGCACCUCUGCCCGCUCUUUGAGUACAUCCACCGCAUCGCCGCUGCUCGCAAGGCCGAGGCGGAGGCAGUCCCAUCAGACAAGAAGUACACCACUCUGGUGUCCCUGAACGGGCACCUGUUCGACCGGUUCCUGAUCAACGAUGCGUUGGACGUGAUAGAGCGCGCGGGCGGCACCUUCCAGCUCGCCACGUGCCUCGUGGGGCAGUCCGUCGACUCCAGCUCCUUUGCUGAGAUCCAGGUGUCUGCCACAUCGGAGGAGCAGCUAGCAGGGAUAGUGAACGCACUUGCAGAGAUAGCGCAGAAGGCGGAGGUGCCCGAGAACCCCCUUGACUCGCACACCAAUAGCCCCCGCGCCGUUUCCGCUGACGCGCUCGCUGCUAUGAAAGCUGCUGCUGCCGCUGCUCUUGACAAGGAGACUCAAGCCGCUGCCGAUGCUGCUGCUGCUGCUGCUGCUGCUGCUGCUACUGCUGCUGGUGCUGAUGCGGGUGCUACAACGGGUGGGGAGAACGGGAAUGUGGAUGAGGGAGUGGGUUUGGGGGUGGGGGUGGAGGAGGGGAAGGAGGUGGAGUAUAAGUGGAGGGUGCUGGUGCUGGGUGCGGGGAGGAUGGUGGUGCCUGUGAUAGAUACGCUGGUGCGGUUUGGCGAUGGGGAGAGGUGGUGGGGGGAGGAGGAGGUGGGCGAGGGGGAGAAGAGGCAUGAGGCUCUGCAUGUGACUGUGGCGUCUAUGUUCCUGGAAGAGGCUGUGAAGGCAGUGGAGGGCUUCGAGCACACGCACCCCAUGGAGCUGGAUAUCAGCGACACUGCCAAGCUUGACGCUGCUGUUGCACAGGCCGAUGUGGUCAUCAGCAUGCUGCCGCCUGCAUGCCACAUCACUGUCGCCAAUGCUUGCGUCAAGGCGAGCAAGCACCUGGUGACGGCAUCGUACGUGAGCUCACAGAUGGCGCAGCUGGACGAGCCAGCCAAGGCCAGCGGGGUCACGGUGCUCUGCGAAAUGGGGCUGGACCCUGGGAUUGACCACAUGCUGGCCAUGGACAUGAAGCAGCGCAUCGAAGCAGACGGCGGCACCAUCACGUCCUUUGUCUCUCUCUGUGGCGGCCUGCCCGCCCCCGGGGCUGCCGACAACCCCCUGGCGUACAAGUUCAGCUGGAACCCACGUGGAGCGCUGCUGGCAGGGCGGAACUCUGCUGUGUACAAGAAGGAUGGGGCCCUGGUUGAUGUCAAGGGGGAGGACCUCUUCUCAUCAGCCCAGACCCUCCGUCUGCCGCACUUCCCUGCCUUCGCGCUUGAGGUUCUUCCCAACCGGGACUCCCUCGGCUAUGCCGACUAUUACGGGCUCAGCAGCCCUGACUGCACCGUGGCUGCUGCGGCCGAUUCUGCUGCUGCGGCUGCGGCAGUUACUGCAGAGACCAUGUUCCGUGGAACCCUGCGUUAUGAAGGUUUCAGUUCCAUAAUGGCAGGCCUGGCAUCCCUCGGUCUCUUCAACCAGGACCCGCACCCGCUCCUCUCUGUCCCUCGCGCCGCCGCCGCCGCCAUUCAAGCCGAAGCCGACCCCACCGCACCAGCCACCACCGAAGCUCCCCGCGACGACGACGACGCGCCCCUCCCGCCCUACCCCACCUACGCGUCGUUCCUUCACGCGCUGGUUACCACUGCGGGCGCUGCUGAUCCUGCUGCGGCUGCUGCUGCAGCGGAGAGGCUAGUGGUGGAGGAGGAUGUUGGGAGUGCGGAUGCGGUGCCGGCGGUGCUGCUGGCGGUGCAGAAGAGGCUGGAGGAGCUCGGGCUUGGGAAGGACGCUGCUCGUGUUGUGAACGCCGUGAGCUGGCUGGGCCUGGCGGCCAAUGAGGAUGUGCCAGAUGGCACGAGCAGCUGCUUCGACCUGCUGUGCCAUCGCAUGGAGGAGAGGAUGAAGUUUGGUCCCAGUGAGAGGGACAUGGUGCUGCUGCAUCACGAGCUGGAGGCAUCGUUCCCUGACGGCCGGGCCAAGGAGAAGCACUCAGCGACGCUGCUGGCGUUUGGAGAGAUGGAUUCUGGAGGCGUGUCCGCCAUGGCCCGCACUGUUGGCCUGCCCGCUGCCCUCGGCGCCAUUCUUCUCCUGCAGGGCAAGGUGCAGCAGCGUGGCGUUCUCAGGCCGGUCACCAGCGACAUCUAUGCACCCUCUCUGGUUGCCCUGGCCAAGCUCGGUGUGCACUGCAAGGAAGCAUCGGAGAAGCUUCUCUAA